GGCGUUUUCGUCAUUUCGACUUAUCUUCUUCCUCGUUUUAUAUGACACUCGAAGGAGAAACAAUUGAAAGUAAAGAGAGGUUCGGUUUUGUGUUCCCAGGUUUUACGAUGAACCCGAAACUAAUAACCCGUAAACCAAUUCGGAUCCUGGAUCAACCCGUUCACCACUCUCUACUCUAUCUCCGAGCCGUCUUCCUCUUCAUCCCGACUUAAAAAAAAGUUCCGUACUUUAUUUUAAAAACUUUCCGACCAAACUAAAACUACUUGUCUUUUUUCUUCUUGUCCCGUCCCCAAAAAUGUCGCUGUCUCUAUCCGUUCUGUCGGAAGAUCUUCUAGCUCGCGUCUACGGGUUCCUACACCCUCCCUGUCGGAAAACAUGGCGACUCGUCAGCAGAGAGUUUCACCGAGUCGACUCACUGAGUCGGACAUCGAUAAAAAUCCUCCGAGUCGAGUUCCUCCCUCUGCUUCUCCUCAAGUACCCGAACCUCUCCUCCUUAGACCUCUCCGUCUGCCCCAAACUCGACGACGACGUCGUUUUACGCCUACCCUCUAACGGCGCCGUUUCGAUAAAGUCGCUAAACCUCAGCCGCGCCACUUCACUCCGAGCCAGAGGGCUGGAGACGCUGGCGCGUCUGUGCCGAGGUUUGGAGCGUGUCGACGUGUCUCACUGCUGGGGGUUCGGAGACAGGGAAGCCGCGGCGAUCUCCGUCGCCGCGGGGCUGAGGGAGGUGAGGUUGGAUAAAUGCUUGAGCUUAAGCGACGUCGGAUUAGCGAGGAUCGUCCUCGGAUGUAAUAAUCUUAAGAAGAUUAGUUUAAAAUGGUGUAUGGAGAUUUCUGAUCUUGGGAUUGAUCUUCUCUGUAAGAAAUGCAAAAACUUGAGAUCUCUCGACGUCUCUUAUCUCAAGAUAACGAAUGAUUCGAUGCGAUCCAUAGCUUUAUUGCCAAGGCUUGAGGUUUUAGAUAUGGUGAACUGUCCAUUGGUAGAUGAUGAUGGGUUAGAGUAUCUUGAGAAUGGUUGUCCUUUGUUACAGGAGAUUGAUGUCACGAGGUGUGAGCGUGUGAGUUUGUCUGGCGUUGUCUCUAUUGUUAGAGGUCAUCCUGAUCUUCAACACCUUAAAGCCAGUCACUGUGUAUCCGAAGUAUCUCUGAGCUUCUUACAGAACAUCAAAGCUUUGAAGCAUCUCAAGACACUAUGGAUCGAUGGAGCUCGUGUCUCUGACUCCUCUCUUUUAACCUUAAGCUCUAGCUGUAGAUCCUUAACCGAUAUCGGAGUGAGCAAAUGUGAGGGUGUGACGGAUAUCGGGAUGACGGGACUAGCACGCAACUGCUUAAAUCUGAAAACCCUAAACCUAGCGUGCUGCGGAUUUGUAACUGAUGCAGCCAUCUGUGCUGUAACUCAGUCUUGUCGGAAUCUUGAGACUCUUAAGUUAGAGUCUUGUCAUAUGAUAACCGAGAAAGGUCUUGAAUCGAUAGGAUGUUACUCAAAGUAUCUUCAAGAACUCGAUCUUACUGAUUGUUAUGGCGUCAAUGACAGAGGGCUAGAAUAUGUCUCAAAGUGUUCGAAUCUUCUAAGCCUGAAACUUGGCCUAUGCACAAAUAUCUCAGACAAAGGGAUGUUUCAUAUCGGUUCCAAAUGUUCCAAGCUUCUAGAACUUGAUCUAUACCGCUGUAGUGGUUUAGGAGAUGACGGUUUAGCAGCUAUAUCCCGUGGUUGCAAGAGCUUGAACCGGCUCAUUAUAUCGUACUGUGGUGAGCUAACAGACACUGGGGUUGAACAAAUCCGCCAGCUUGAAAACCUAACUCACCUCGAACUUCGAGGGCUAAAGAAUAUAACCGGUGCUGGUCUAGCUGCAGCGGCCUGCGGCUGCAAGAAACUAGAUUACUUGGACCUCAAGAAGUGCGAGAAUAUCGAUGACUCAGGCUUCUGGGCGCUUGCUUACUUCGCAAGAAACCUAAGACAGAUAAACUUGUGCUAUUGCUCGGUCUCUGAUACGGCUCUAUGCAUGUUGAUGAGCAAUUUGAGUAGGGUUCAAGACGUUGACUUAGUCCAACUGAACCGAUUGAGUGUGGAAGGGUCUGAGUUUGCUUUAAGAGCCUGUUGCAAUAGGCUCAAGAAGCUUAAACUUUUCGCACCUCUCAGAUUCUUGCUCUCAUCUGAAUUGCUUGAGAUGCUUCAUGCUCGUGGUUGCCGCAUUAGAUGGGACUGAAGACAAAACUUACUUCAAUGGGACUUUAUUAGUGAGAUGUGAGUUCAUAUGUCUACGUGAUAUAUCUAUCAAAUAUUAUAAUUUGUUUUUGAAUUCAGUUUGCCAAUUAUAUGUCUACACUGCUUUGGUCUUAUCUUCCAACAUAAACAAUGUUUUUAUUUAAUUUCUUAUAAAAAAACAAAAUAUUAUUUGAUAUUCUAG